AUGGAUUUCGGGAACUAUCCUCCCCUGAGUUUCCAGCUGCUGAGACAGAAACGCACAUCCAGCAAACUGCAGAAUGUGCUUUUACCGUUCGGAGACACACACUUCGACAAUAGCAUCACAAACAUCUAUUUACAGCUAAUGUGUCCGGCUGUGUUUGGAGGCCGGACCUACAGCUGCCUUUUCUCCUUCUCUCCUGGUGCUGUAUUCACCUCACGCCUCGGGUAUGAAGUCCUCCACACUCCCACGGCGCUGAAAGUAACUCGACCAAAGCAGGUCUCUGGAGAAACGUCCGCCAAUCCUUCAGAGACCUCACUCCCACUGCCGCCCCAACCCUCCGGACCUCACUCCCACUGCCGCCCCCACCCUCCGGACCUCACUCCCACUGCCGCCCCAACCCUCUGGACCUCACUCCCACUGCCGCCCCAACCCUCUGGACCUCACUCCCACUGCCGCCCCAACCCUCCGGACCUCACUCCCACUGCCGCCCCAACCCUCCGGACCUCACUCCCACUGCCGCCCCAACCCUCUGGACCUCACUCCCACUGCCGCCCCAACCCUCUGGACCUCCAGCCCUCCGGACCUCACUCCCACUGCCGCCCCAACCCUCUGACCUCCACCCUCGGACCUCCUCCAGCCCCCGGACCUCACUCCCACUGCCGCCCCCAACCCUCUAGACCUCACUCCCACUGCCGCCCCCAACCCUCCGGACCUCACUCCCACUGCCGCCCCCACCCUCGGACCUCACUCCCACUGCCGCCCCAACCCUCUGGACCUCACUCCCACUGCCGCCCCAACCCUCCGGACCUCACUCCCACUGCCGCCCCCACCCUCCGGACCUCACUCCCACUGCCGCCCCCACCCUCCGGACCUCACUCCCACUGCCGCCCCCACCCUCCGGACCUCACUCCCACUGCCGCCCCAACCCUCCGGACCUCACUCCCACUGCCGCCCCAACCCUCCGGACCUCACUACCACUGCCGCCCCCACCCUCCGGACCUCACUCCCACUGCGCCCCAACCCUCCGGACCUCACUCCCACUGCCGCCCCAACCCUCUAGACCUCACUCCCACUGCCGCCCCAACCCUCCGGACCUCACUCCCACUGCCGCCCCCACCCUCCGGACCUCACUCCCACUGCCGCCCCAACCCUCUGGACCUCACUCCCACUGCCGCCCCAACCCUCUGGACCUCACUCCCACUGCCGCCCCAACCCUCCGGACCUCACUCCCACUGCCGCCCACCCUCCGGACCUCACUCCCCACUGCCGCCCCAACCCUCUGGACCUCACUCCCACUGCCGCCCCAACCCUCUGGACCUCCAGCCCUCCGGACCUCACUCCCACUGCCGCCCCAACCCUCUGGACCUCCAGCCCUCCGGACCUCACUCCCACUGCCGCCCCAACCCUCCAGACCUCACUCCCACUGCCGCCCCAACCCGCCGGACCUCACUCCCACUGCCGCCCCAACCCUCUGGACCUCCAGCCCUCCGGACCUCACUCCCGCUGCCGCCCCAACCCUCUGGAACUCCAGCCCUCCGGACCUCACUCCCACUGCCGCCCCAACGCUCCGGACCUCACUCCCACUGCCGCCCCAACCCUCCGGACCUCACUCCCACUGCAACCCCAACCCUCCGGACCUCACUCCCACUGCCGCCCCAACCCUCCGGACCUCACUCCCACUGCCGCCCCAACCCUCCAGACCUCACUCCCACUGCCGCCCCGACCCUCCGGACCUCACUCCCACUGCCGCCCCAACCCUCCGGACCUCUAUCCCUCCGGACCUCACUCCCACUGCCGCCCCAACCCUCUGGACCUCCAUCCCUCCGGACCUCACUCCCACUGCCGCCCCAACCCUCCGGACCUCACUCCCACUGCCGCCCCAACCCUCCGGACCUCACUCCCACUGCCGCCCCAACCCUCCGGACCUCACUCCCACUGCCGCUCCAACCCUCCGGACCUCACUCCCACUGCCGCCCCAACCCUCCAGACCUCACUCCCACUGCCGCCCCAACCCUCCGGACCUCACUCCCACUGCCGCCCCAACCCUCCGGACCUCACUCCCACUGCCGCCCCAACCCUCCGGACCUCACUCCCACUGCCGCCCCCACCCUCCAGACCUCUAUCCCUCCGGACCUCACUCCCACUGCCGCCCCAACCCUCUGGACCUCCAGCCCUCCGGACCUCACUCCCACUGCCGCCCCAACCCUCUGGACCUCCAUCCCUCCGGACCUCACUCCCACUGCCGCCCCAACCCUCUGGACCUCACUCCCACUGCCGUCCCAACCCUCCGGACCUCACUCCCACUGCCGCCCCAACCCUCCGGACCUCACUCCCACUGCCGCUCCAACCCUCCGGACCUCACUCCCACUGCCGCCCCAACCCUCCAGACCUCACUCCCACUGCCGCCCCAACCCUCUGGACCUCACUCCCACUGCCGCCCCCCCACCCUCCGGACCUCACUCCCACUGCCGCCCCCACCCUCCGGACCUCACUCCCACUGCCGCCCCCCCACCCUCCGGACCUCACUCCCACUGCCGCCCCAACCCUCCGGACCUCACUCCCACUGCCGCCCCCACCCUCCAGACCUCUAUCCCUCCGGACCUCACUCCCACUGCCGCCCCAACCCUCUGGACCUCCAGCCCUCCGGACCUCACUCCCACUGCCGCCCCAACCCUCUGGACCUCCAGCCCUCCGGACCUCACUCCCACUGCUGCCCCAACCCUCCGGACCUCACUCCCACUGCCGCCCCAACCCUCCGGACCUCACUCCCACUGCCACCCCAACCCUCCGGACCUCACUCCCACUGCCGCCCCCACCCUCCGGACCUCACUCCCACUGCCGCCCCAACCCUCUGGACCUCCAGCCCUCCGGACCUCACUCCCACUGCCGCCCCAACCCUCCAGACCUCACUCCCACUGCCGCCCCGACCCUCCGGACCUCACUCCCACUGCCGCCCCAACCCUCUGGACCUCCAUCCCUCCGGACCUCACUCCCACUGCCGCCCCAACCCUCCGGACCUCACUCCCACUGCCGCCCCAACCCUCCGGACCUCACUCCCACUGCCGCCCCAACCCUCUGGACCUCCAUCCCUCCGGACCUCACUCCCACUGCCGCCCCAACCCUCCGGACCUCACUCCCACUGCCGCCCCAACCCUCCGGACCUCACUCCCACUGCCGCCCCAACCCUCCGGACCUCACUCCCACUGCCGCUCCAACCCUCCGGACCUCACUCCCACUGCCGCCCCAACCCUCCAGACCUCACUCCCACUGCCGCCCCAACCCUCCGGACCUCACUCCCACUGCCGCCCCAACCCUCCGGACCUCACUCCCACUGCCGCCCCAACCCUCCGGACCUCACUCCCACUGUCGCCCCCACCCUCCAGACCUCUAUCCCUCCGGACCUCACUCCCACUGCCGCCCCACCCUCCUCUGGACCUCCAUCCCUCCGGACCUCACUCCCAAUGCCGCCCCAACCCUCCGGAUCUCACUCCCACUGCCGCCCCAACCCUCCGGACCUCACUCCCACUGCCGCCCCAACCCUCCGGACCUCACUCCCACUGCCGCCCCAACCCUCUGGACCUCCAGCCCUCCGGACCUCACUCCCACUGCCGCCCCCACCCUCUAGACCUCCAUCCCUCCGGACCUCACUCCCACUGCCGCCCCAACCCUCCGGACCUCACUCCCACUGCCGCCCCAACCCUCCGGACCUCACUCCCACUGCCGCCCCAACCCUCCGGACCUCACUCCCACUGCCGCCCCAACCCUCCGGACCUCACUCCCACUGCCGCCCCAAUUCAUCAGAGUGUGACCCAGGGGGAGGUAAAUAGGCGGCUCAGCGGCUGGGGUUGCUGUGCGACCAGUAGCGGGAUGCUGCGGCAUCGCUGUGGCCGUGGUGGUGCCGCCUGGGGCGGCUCCGGACAGUGUAUCGAUUAG